GUGUGGCUGCGCUCGGUAAGGGAGGUUGUGUACGUCAGAAGCUCCUGCUGCUCUCGAGAAGGUUCCAAGAACUCGUUCAACAGCAAAUUACUAUCCACGAGUCUCCGUAACAAACAAUCAUGAAUUGUGAUAAGCCAAGAGAGAAUUUGGUGGCGGCGGAGCUGAAGCGACGCGCCGGGGCCCAAAAUCUCGACGUUUUUGACGAAGAUUUUGCUGCGUUGCUUGACGACGAAGACGAACUCAGGAGCUUCAGGGAGAAGUUUGCAUACCCGAGGAAAGAAACUCUGCCGGAAAUCGGCCAAAAUCUUCCAGCGGAAGAACUUGCGGAAGAAUGCAUUUAUCUCUGCGGAAAUUCUUUGGGACUGAAGCCCAAGUCCGCAGACGCCCACAUGCAAGCCCAGCUCCAGAAAUGGGCUGACAUGGGAGUCUACAUGCACUUUGAAGAACCGCUCCCAGCAGCGACCUGUGACAGGUACGGACGAGAAGCGCUUGGCCGUAUUGUUGGAGCAGAGCCGUCCUCAGUAACCCUCAUGAACGGCCUCACGGUGAACCUACACCUGCUGCUUUGUUCUUUCUACCAGCCCGCGGGUGACCGCUACAAAAUCCUUAUUGAGGGCGGGGCCUUCCCUUCAGACAGGUACGCAAUGCUAUCGCAGAUCGAGCUCAGAGGAUAUGAUCCAGAGGAAGCUUUGAUCCAGAUCCAGCCCAGGGCUGGGGAGGAUUUAAUUAGGAUCGAAGACAUUAUGGAGAUUUUAAAGGAAGAAGGCCCGUCUAUCGCCGUCGUGUGUUUAAGUGGAGUGCAAUAUUACACGGGACAAAAAUUUGAUAUGGAAAGAAUCACGUGGGCUGCCCACGCAGAGGGCUGCGUCGUGGGGUGGGAUCUGGCACACGCGGUGGGCAACGUGGAGAUCAGGCUGGACGAGUGGGGCGUGGAUUUUGCGUGCUGGUGCACUUAUAAGUACCUGAACAGCGGUCCAGGCUGCAUCGCUGGCGCGUACGUAAACAAAAAACACGCAGGACGCUCCAGCAAGUCUCAGCUGCGAGGCUGGUGGAGUAACAAGGAGGAUACGAGGUUCCUGAUGCAGGAGCACUGCGAUGUCGCCCCCGGGGUAGACGGCUUCAGGCUGUGCAACCCUCCUCCCUUCCUGGUCGCCCUCGUCAUCGCCAGUCUCGAGAUUUUCGACGAAGCAGGCAUGGAAAAGAUCAUAAGAAAACAGCGACUGCUAACGGGAUAUCUGGAGCACCUCUUGCUGACAUACUUCAAUACGGAAUCAUCAUCAAAUUCUAAACCAUUCGCUAGAAUCAUCACCCCUGAUGACCCAGCGCAACGCGGUUGUCAGCUCUCACUCAGCUUCAGUCUACCCAUCGGACGCGUGCACGCUGAGCUCGGCAAACGUGGUAUCGUUUGCGACGUACGACAACCGAACGUUAUGCGCAUCGCGCCUGCGCCGCUCUACAACUCGUACAGCGACGUACACAAGUUCGUGACGUCACUCAAGGACGUCUUCGAUAAGCUGGCUGCCGAGACACCCCUCAGGGAAGGCUAGACUUGAGUGUCUGCAGGACUGGUAAAAAGUUGCUAUUUUUACGUCUUCCGGGGAUAAAUGAGACUGUUUAUAGAUUGAAGACGUAAAUACGAUUAAUUGAUACGACUGCUUAUAGAUUGAAUUUCAAUUAGGUGAAAUAUUCCACGAGCCAUUAUAUUUUUUAUAUUUCAUAUUUUUAUUUUAUAGAUAUUGCAAUAAAGAGUACAAGGUGAGGGAUUUUGUGUCGAUAUUUUGCUGCCAUGUUAAUGAAUCAUUGUUGUAUUUGACGAAAUUCAACUAAAUUAUGUCAACAUAUGUUGCUUUAGAGCUUUUAUUUUUCGGGUCAGCAUUUAUGCUUCCAGGGUAUAUUAUUUUUUCACUAUUCAAAAAUACCGUAAAGUCAGAGCAAACACACACACAGCUGGAACAUACUUACUCUAAUUUAAAACUAGAUUUUUAAUGGCCAAGAACUCAUGUAGCACAGAACAAAUGAAAGACCUUGGCAAAUGUUCUUUAUAUUUUACAUUUUUCCCAUAACUUUCAUAAAAUGUACAGUGGCAGUUUUUUAAGUAGAAGAUUUCCGUCCUUUUCUUUUCAAAUGAACGCAAAAAUACAUAAGGAGCGUUUACGAUUGUUAACAAUAGUUUAUAUGCAUAAGUGUCUAUAUUAUUGUUCAUGGUGACUUAAUUUAAUAAUAAAAAAUGUCUGCCCUUUCUUAUAUUAUUUCUAUAGUAUAUCAUUGGCAUUUCCUGCAAUGUUUUACGAUUCAGUAUUUGUAUUUUCGUGUUAAGUGGCAUACCUGCAUAUCUCAUUCAUUAAAUUUUUCAUUAAAACCGAAUAUUGUAUGAGUGUGGACUGUGGAAAAAUGCAUUCGUAGUACCUGUGAAUCAAUUAUUGUUAAUUAUUAAUCACGGUAAAUAAUUGCUGCAUGAAACUCGCAUGAUAUGAGUUGCCGCAGAUGCUAAAUGUCAUUUACCUGUCAAGCAAUUUAGGUAAUGCAAUUUAGGGUAUUAAAUUUCGCCUAUAUUACUUAAUGUAGGGAAUUGUUAAUAAUACGCUGCAAAGUGCGCUCGAUGUUUGCCUUAGUUUUGUACUACACAAAGUGAUGCCUGUAAAUGCAUCGGUGUAUUAUAGGAGGUGUUAUAUUUUAACUGAAAAAUAAAAUAUAUGUUUUACAGAACUUACGAGUACUGAUAAGUUCUUACAGGCUUAAGUAAAGAAAACAAUAAACAUAGCAAAACACGGACAAUAAAUGCAUAAAAUA